AUGUCUCGAGGAGGACGUGGAGGUGGAUUUGGCCGUGGAGGAGGUGGAGGCGGCCCUCAGAGUGGAGCUAUGCAACUUGUAUCCUUUGAUCUCUUGAAAGACCUUGGUUCUGGCAAUCUGUUUAAUGUCAACACUGCCUUGUUUCCUGAAAUGGAUGUACCUAUCCCACGUAAACCUACAUCAAACGAAAUUCAACAGUGGAAACUAAGGAAGGAGUAUCUCGGCAUGAUUAAAGAUUCACCAUUUCAUUUAACAGCACCACCACCACCACCCGACAUCGAACGUUAUUCAGAUAAAUACAAAGUGAUAGCAGAGAAACGUAGCUUGAAGGAUAUUGAAACCAAUCUCGAUUUUUUCCCUGAAGAGCUCCAGGCUGUUAUUGAUCCCAAGCGAGGAAAGAAGAAACAAAAAUCUCGAGCAGUCGUAGAUGAGUAUGGUCAAAUUGAAGCAUUACUCAAUGCAGAAAGCAAAGAGGGAGAAGAGGAAGAGGAAGACGGUGAAAAGAAAGAAGACGAAGAUGCUGAAGAUGAAGAAGAAUAUGAGGAUGAAGAAGAACUGGUGGAUGACAACGAUUAUGCAGAGAACUACUUUGAUAAUGGUGAAGGCGACGAUGACGACGAUGGUGAUAAUGAAGAUGCUUAUUCUUAG